AGCAAAACAAAAAGCGAAAUCAGCUGUGUUUGGCAUUUUACUGAGAACAUAGAUAAAAAAAUGAGAAAACAGCUGAGUAAAUGCUUAGGAGUUAAAUUUAUUAAUUUAUAAACCAAAAUGACAAAAUUACCGAAAACAGCGUUAAAUUUAAAGCAAUUUAUGCUGCGGCAGGAUGUUCUGAAGCUGUAUCGAGAGAUAUUCCGCACCAUACGACUCGUGCCUGACAAGAGUAACCAGCGAGAAUUACGUGAUUGGGCGCGACAUGAUUUUCGUGUACAUAGUGGUCAAACAGAUGAAUUAGCUAUUAAAAUGAUGCUACAGUAUGGACGACGUAGUCUUACAGAGCUGCAGACAAGUUUGGAUUUAAGUGGUGUUAGUUCGGGCAAAGGGAAUAAUAAAGCAGUGCAGGAUAGUAAGAAAGGAAAAAGUGAAGAGGUUAAAAAUUAGAUGAAGUACAAGUAAACUAG